CAGUGAAAAUAUUCUCUCUCUUACACACACACACACAGCAGAGUGUGAAAAGGAGAGAGAGAGAGAUACAGUCUGGAUAUUUGAAAAUGGUUGCGUGAAAAAGAAGAGUAGUAUCUCUGUGCUUUCUUGAUAGAUUCAUUCCAACACACACACACACACACACACACACAAAAACACACAGUAAUACACGCAGUAUCACACCACAGUAAUAAUGGGAUGGAAAUUAGAACAACCUCGGAAAGAGAAAGAGAGAGUUCAAUCCGUACUCGAACUUCUCAAGAAACAAUCUCCUCUUACUGUCAAACAGGAGAAGUUCUGCAACAAUGCUUGUGUGGAGAGGUUCUUGAAAUCAAAAGGAGAUAGUGUGAAGAAAGCAGCUAAGCAGCUUAAGAAUUGUCUUUCAUGGCGAGAUUCCAUUAUCUGCACUGAUAAUCUGAUAGCUGAUGAAUUCUCUGCUGAGAUUGGUGAGGGUGUUGCCUAUGUUGCUGGUCAUGACGAUGAAUUAAGGCCUGUCGUGAUAUUCCGAAUCAAGCAAGAUUAUCAGAAAUUCCAUUCUCAGAAACUGUUUACUAGGCUGCUAGUAUUCACACUGGAAGUUGCCAUACAAACCAUGGUUAAAAAUGUUGACCAAUUUGUUCUCCUCUUUGAUGCCUGCUUUUUCAGGUCAGCGUCUGCUUUUAUGAAUAUGUUGUUGCCAGCACUGAAAAUAGUAGCGGAUUAUUAUCCGGGUCGGGUUCACAAGGCCUUUGUAAUUGACCCGCCCUCCCUAUUUCCUUAUCUUUGGAAGGGAAUGAAAUCAUUUGUGGAGCUUUCACCAUUGACAACGGUGGUCUCUUCGAUCGAUUUCGAGGACUCGCAAGAGUACUACAACGACUUCACGACGUACCCUCGAGCGGCUUCCCUCCGUUUCGACACCUCAUCGGCCGCGAAGCUCGGCCCGUGCUCCUCCUCGAGAUUCUCCUUCACCGUCUCCCACCACUUGGACUCGCUCAAACCGUGGUACCUCUCGUUGACCAACGACACGUCAGCGUCAAAAGUGGGGCCCACCACGAACCCUAAUUCCCUCUCGUCGGGUCCAACCAUCUCACCUCUCAACGCGAGGUCCCACUCCUUCGCCUCCCCGACCGCCCGGGGGCCGCCGCCACCGCCACGCGGCGGCGGCGGCACCGACUUCUUCGUCCGGAAGGGAUUCUUCCCAUCGACGCCGAUGCCGCAGAAGACGCAAAAGUUUGACCAGUCAACCAUCCGCCACCCAAGAACUCCGAAACCCUCGUUCCUUCAAUCCCCGGCGAUGUUCUUCCGGUCGAAUAAAGAUGUGAUUCAUCAAGCGAGCAAAAUCGAGAAGUCGCGCGAGUCGUUCGUUCCGUUUCUGAAGUUCUACCGAAGGCCGUACGACGAGAUGAUCUACCGGUCGAAGAUGAGGCCUCCGUUGGGUGGCCUCAUCUCGAUCGUCUCCCCACAAAUCAUCCGCCGACACAUGUCGAUCUCCCAACGGUUCUAGAUCAAGAAAUUAAGAGUGCAUGCAUAGAUUUAUAUAUAAUAUAUAUCUUCCCCUUUAACCAAAAUAAUUGUUAUAACUAAUUCAUUGUUUUCUCCUAAUUAAAUUGUUUCUCAAUUUCAAAAGGGUAAUUUAUUGCAUAGUUAUAGUUCACUGAUUUUGUCUCCAAGAUUUUGUGUAAAGAAAUAGACUGCGUGCUAAGUGGUUUGUGAAAUGUCGUGCAAUAUAAUUAUA